AUGCAACAUGUUAGAACUGCGGAAAAGACCUGACACUCUACUCACGGAAUAUUUCUUCUGUUUAUUUGUACAAAUCGUUGUUUACAUCUCUUGUUCAUAUAUUACUGGAAGAACUGGAGUAAUCUUUAGCUUCUUAUAUUAAGUGAUUUCAGAUAUACAUGAAUUAGAUUAUUUUAGGAAAUGAGGGAGCAUCUAUUUCCAAUGUUGGCAUAUUUUGGGGGGUAUGGACAAUGUAAUUGAAAAACAAAAAUUCAUUUGUUUUUGUUCCAACUGCGUUAAAUCAACUUAACAUGUCGUUUUUAUUUGCUGUCUGUUCUUAAGUAUUUAUAUUUCAUUUUUACCGAAAUAUGUAAAUUAUCUUUGUUAAAAGCACUUAAGUUUACUCUGCUCGACGAGUCCUUUUUUAAAAACAGUUUUUUUUUGUCGUAUUAUAUUUGAAUGCUUUACAUCAAGAUAUGUCUUCACCAUAUGCUCAAUCAUCCUCGAUGAUCAUGAUGCCGGAAAAACUACCGACAUAUUCAACAAUGUCGACGAUUCUAUCAACUGAUGGCAAUAAUAAUCCACCAACAUCAGCUGGGAAAUUAUCGCUCACAGGUCAUGCUACGAGUAAAACAUCCGACAACUUGCCGACGCAAGGAGAUAAAAGAAAGUUGGAGGAUGGCGAAGAUGGCGGAGAAAACUGUUCAGGAGUCGAUCAUCGCAUUCGAAGACAAAGAACGCAUUUUACUGUCACGCAACUUCAGAAAUUAGAAGCAUGCUUUGCGAGGAACAGAUAUCCUGAUAUGGCUAUGAGAGAAGAUAUUGCUCAAUGGUGUGCACUCACCGAAUCUAGAGUUAGGAUUUGGUUUAAAAACAGAAGAGCAAAAUGGCGAAAGAAAGAAAGGCAUUUGGAAAGGCCAGAAUUAUUCCCCGACUUUGUUUCACCAUAUCGUGUCGAAUCAGGUUGUACGUAUGACCGUCGCAUCUCCAUGCCAUCAUACCCUCCCUCCUACUCUCCACACAUCCCUGCAUCUAUCUCAACAUGUAGCAGUUUAAGCAGUCGUACUCAGCAUGCGUCCGCGCUGCCACACUAUUAUUCGCAAAGUGCACACUGGUACUCGUCAGAUCACAACGGACAUCUCUCAUCCAUAAAUCAAAGAAAUAGUCCACCAAAUAGCCCAGCAGCAUGGUAUGGUCAAAAUUACCCAGAUCCAAUUAGAGGCUAUCCGCCUUGUCAACAAACGGCGUCCACACCACUAAGUCGAGAUAGUGACCUCGUUAGCCCUAUUACGUUGUCACCGCGGACACCCACUCAUACCUUCUCCCCAGGGCAGAGUUACCAGCAUACGAUGUGAAGUGGUACACGCUCGUGUAUCAACUAACCUUGAGAUAAAACACAAGUGCAGAAGUACAACGAUAUUUGUUUCAUAUUGAAACUGUCGACAACUCCAGUGAGUAGAUCGCUAUUACUGUAUCAUUUUAUCACAAGAAGCAUGAUACCAUAUUCAUCUGGUCCGCAAUUUAUUCGACAAUCGAUAAUGUUCAAAGAAAGUCAACAUCACCUAAGAACUGGAGACAUUUUUUAAAACUUUAGUUUAUGUAGUAGUGAAUAUUUCUUUAUUAUUUUUGUUUUGUAAAAUAUGUAAAUGUUUGUAAUUUUAUUGUCAUCAAUCUAAUUGAGUUUUUAUUUUAUAGUGCAAAAAGUAAAUACAUAGAAAAAGACGAU